UAAUCUUUCUUUCUUUUGUUCGCGUCUAUCCUUCCUUGCCGCUGUGGAUUCGCUUCGCAAGCUUCGCCAGUGCUGCGCCGCAGGAAUUCCUGGGCGUUGGAGCGCGGAUCGCUGGGAAUUGUGGGUAAGGGCGCAAAUCUUCCCGGUGGGUCAGACAUGGAGGAUCAAGCUGGAGCUCACGGGGUUUCCUAAUGUCCCGCGAGGUGAAGCCCCGAGCUCCUGGAGUGCCGCCGUCCCGGCUAAGCGUAGGACAGGGGACAGAUGGUUGAUCCAGCCACAAGAUCAAGGGAGUGGUGUCUAGGAUCUUAGCUCUCGAGGAUAGGAAUCGCGGGUCUCCUUUGAUGAAUAAGGUGGAAGGCGUGCUUGUUAACGGUACUACUACUACUACUACCGCCACCAUAGCUAGUAGCGUGUCGUGUGCUCUUAGGGGAGAGGCCAGCGGCGAGAAUGGCAAAGGAGCACAGGGUAGCAACGAGAAUGGAGCUCCUCCCACGAACAAUAGCUCCGACGACAACGAUAGCGGGAACGAUCUAAAGAAUGCGGAGCCAAAUUCGAAGAUCCAUGCGAGGAACCAAAAGGAGGAGCAAGAGCUCCAGCCAGAGGGGGAGGAGAAGCAUCGCCAUCGCCAGCAGCAGCAAGCUGAGAAUGCUUUCCAGCAUCACCACCUUAAAGUUCUUCUCGUGGAGGACGACGACUCCACCCGGCACGUCGUGGCGGCGCUCCUCCGGAACUGUGGCUACGAAGUCACGCCUGCCGCUAGUGGCUUGCAAGCCUGGGAGAUCCUCGAGACGAGAUCCAGCAGCGUCGACUUGGUGCUCACGGACUUGAUGAUGCCGCGGCUGUCCGGGAUCGAGCUCCUCGGCAAGAUCAUGAGCCGUGACUCACCCAAGAGGAUACCAGUUGUUAUGAUGUCUUGCCUGGACUCGAUGGACGUUGUGCUCAAGUGCUUGUCCAAAGGCGCGGUCGACUUCCUCGUGAAGCCGGUUCGCAAGAACGAGCUCAAGAACCUGUGGCAGCACUUUUGGAGGAUGUGCCUGAGCUCGAGUGGCAGUGGCAGUGGAAGUGAAACUGGAAAGGCUGCCGGGGGGAACAACAACAGUCAGAGCUACGGUGGAAGUGAGCAUGGAAGUGGCUUGAACGUCGGAGGUGGGAGUGACAAUGGUAGCGGUACCCAGAGCUCGUGGACGAAGAAGCCAGUGGAAGUUCAAAGCCAUGCCGCCGAGGAGCUGGUUCUCCAGCGUGACAAACGUGAGGAGAUCGACAUCGAUCGUGAUUGCGGAGAGGUGGCUAUGGCGGAAAAAAGCAGGACUGCUUCUCAGCUGCUCGGCGAUCAUCUUCUCGGAGCAAAGUCCACCAUUUCGAGUUCCAUCACCAUUUUCGAGAGGGCUCCAUCGCUCGCGGCGGGAGGGAAGAGUGGAGGAGGAGGGGAGCCUUCGUGCAAGGAUUUACUGGCGAGCAUACAGAAGCAAGCGGCGUUUGAGCAGCCGGGUGAGAAACUAGACUCCAAGGAUAACUCGGUGCCUUCCAACGAUUCAGCGCUCGAGUUGUCGCUGAAAAGGACGCGCGUUAAGGGGCCAGACGACGGCGAUGGCGAGCAAAAGCGGCUCUUGCAUCAUUCCGGUGGAUCUGCCUUUUCAAGGUAUAGCAACAAUCCUUUGCUCCAGCACAACUCGACUUUGAGCUCUUCCAUCGCCGCCAACCUCUGGUUUGGAAACGAGAAAUCCACACCAGCGGCAGCAGCAGACCAGAAUCACCACCAUGCAAACGCCGCGGCCGCGGCCGCUGAAGUCCUCAAGCCUCCAAAAGCCGAGGCAGCGGCGGUGGCGGCCGCUGCCGCCGCUGCCGCAGCCGCCGCCUCCCAGUUCAAGCUCGCAGCCUCGGACUUCGUGGCAUUUAACGACAUCGCGGCAGCUUACGCUCAGUCUCUCCAUCACUUUUUCUACCACGGCUCUUCUCCACCGGCGUGGCCGCCUCCGAUGCUAGCAGCUCCUCACCAGCAGCAGCAGCAGCAACAACAACAACAGCAGCUCCAGCAUCAUAUCCAACUCCAGCAGCAGCAGCAGCACCACCACCAAGAACAGCAGCAAGAUCAAAGCCAAAAACAGCAGCAGCAGCAGCAACAACAACAACAACACCACCAUCACCACCACCACCACCACCAUCACCACCAGCAUGCACAGCAGCCGCAGGAGGAGGACGAGCUAACCGUGAACAACAACACCAACACCAGCAACAACAACACUACCAACAAUGCUAACUUGAUGAGAGUUGGAAGCACUCAGCAGUGUGGAUCGUCCAACGUGAGCGUCAAAGCUCCCAAGGCCGGUGUUGGCGGUGGGGCUACUAACAACAGUGGUGGCAACGAGGAGGCGAGCAAUGGUGGCAGUAGCAAUGGCUGCGGCGUGAAUGGCACCAAUGGUAGCGUGAAUGGUAGCGUCUCGGGUAGCAACAAUCUUAGUGCCAACAACAAUAACAUCCACAAAGGCCAGGGGAGCUGCAGUCUAGCGGCUGGUAAUGGUGACAGUGGUGGUACCAACAAUGGGAGCAGUAGGGGUGGGAACGCUACCGCUGCUACGGGCGUGACCAAUGGUAGCAACACUAGUAACACCAUCAAUGAAGCGGGUGGAGCAACACAAGUUCCAGACAGUGCUCGGCUCACGCGGCGAGAGGUUGCUCUCUACAAGUUCCGGCAGAAGAGGAAAGAGCGGUGUUUCGAGAAGAAGGUCCGAUACCAAAGUAGAAAGAGGCUGGCCGAGCAGCGUCCGCGAGUGAGAGGCCAGUUCGUGAAACAAGCUGCUGCUGCUAACGCGGAAACUCAAAUGUGUGACGACGAUGGAGAGCUGGACGGAAUUAACCACGCAGCCGAAGAUCACACUGCUAUAGAUCAAGACCAAGAUCAAUGACAAUAACGAAUCAUUUAACUAGCAAGCACCAAGACGAGGAGGAGCUCUCUCGCAAAGAGCUCCUUGGGCGAGACUGGAAGAAUUCCGGUGGAAGGUCCGAAGGCUUGGCUAUGGUGGACGAUUGCGAGCUAACUGUAUGUAUACUUGGUUUUAAUUGGAGUGAGAAAUUAGGGUU